AAAAUUUUGAAUUAUGUCAAAAUAGAAACAAUCACUGUCAGAUUUGUCAAGUCCACAUAUCAUGAACCAUAUACCUCAAAAUUAAAGUAAAAAUAUCACAAUGUAUAAGAUACUUUCAAGAAGCCUGUCGAGGUCAGAAAAAUCCCUGGCAAAUUUCACCAACAUCUACAGAAGGGUAGCUAAAAAUCAGUUGUUUCACCAUCGCUCCACCACAUCCCAAACCAAAAAUCCACACAUGGAAAAUGGAGAAAGCAAUUCCUCAGAGAUCAAAGAAAAACACACCCCAAGAGUCAAGAGCUCCCCAUCACUUUACACCAAAAAGGGUUCAAAUUUCCUGAGACGCUCAUUGGUUCCGGAAACCAAAGAAACUAUCCACAUCAUGAUGUUUUCCACCUCCUCAUCCAAAUACUUCUACGCAUCAACACUUAAUCAAGCCAAAGAGUCAGCAACUUCGAAGAAGAAAUACUUCAAGAACCACAAGGCACUUGAUCUCUACAAGCAAGCUCUGGAACAGUGCAUGAAGAUCAAAUUCGAGAAGCACAGAAUCCAGAAAGGAACAAGCAAUGUCACGUGGAAACCUGAACCAAUUAGAACUAAUCUACUGAGCGAUUUGAGCGCUCCUGCUAAGACCAAGAAAAAAGAGGCACUACCACCUCUAGAAAGCACCAAAAAGAUUGUGAGACUCCACCCGAAGAAGUCGAUAUCAGUAGAAGAGAUGAAGCAGCUGGUAAGGCAGAAGAAAGCUUCUCAGGUUGUGAAAAAUAAAAAGUUCCAUAUAGUUUACCCCACGCAUAUGAUCAAGUAUAAGCUUGGUUUGCAGAAGCCUUACCAAGUUGAAAAAUCCAUGGCCAAAAAUCAGGAUCCACUCGUGAGCAAACCAAAGCCAGAACGUGAAAGGUUAGAGCCUGCUCCUAAACGAGAGAUCAACACUGUGGAAGUCGUGCCUCUCAAAAAACGCCCAAAAAAUAACCUGGAAGCUGUCAUGGAAGCUAGCCGGAAGAGGAGAGAAAAAAACGAUAGAAGCAGCAUCGUUGUCGAGGUAGAUGAAGCAAUCAAGCAGCUCAUCAGCAAGCACCCUGCGAUGAAGAAAGUCACAGAGAGCGCCAAAAUGUCGAUCAAUAAAAAGUACAACAUUAUUUUGUUGAAAAGUCAAGCUAAGCUAAGGUUGCAGAUGAAACCUAGAGAAGUUAUUACAGAGACAUCUGAAAACUUGGAGUUGGACAGGAUCCCAACAGAUCAAAACGAAGUGUUGAAUCAUUCUGAACCAGAGGUAACAAGAAAGAGCGACAUUCAAAAGAAGCUAGAUGCGGAUACAAGCAUAGUACAGCAUCCUAUACCUACGAAUUUGGAUCAAGCUGACUUCGAGGUAGUCAUCAAAUGCCCAAAACGUCUGCUGUCUGAGAAGAGUGAGACUUUUGAUAUAGAGGAAAUCUGUCUGAAAACGAAAGAAAACUAUAUCGUGUACACUGAAGAAGUAGCUGAUGCAAUGAAGAAGAUGAGCCAAGAUAAAGAAGAACUUAAGACAGUGAAAGAGGAAGUACUAGACCGAAUAGCUGCUAAUAAAGAAGACUAUUCACCACAAAGAACGAAAUCUCCAAACCCGCAAAAGUUGAAGGAUAUCAUGAUGAAAAAUGCGAAACAAGAACAAUCAUCGAACCAAAUUGACCAACAGAAACCAACAAUUCAUCAAAACUCUGGAAAUUCAGCGCAAAACCUCAUGAAUUACAUCAAGAAGCUCAAUGAACUAAAGGAUCAAACGUCAAUGGAAAGAUCCAGUAUACAGAAACCAUUUGCGAAAACUCCUAGUAUGGUACAAAAAGUUGAAAUGAAUAAGGUCAAGAAUAGUGGAGUCCAGAAAGAGAUUAUAGAACAAGAGCAAGUUGAAAACAAGGAAACAUUAACAAACAAAGAAAAUGUAAUUGACGAUCAAAGCAACAAGAAACCUAUGUACGGAAAAUUGCUGGAACAAAGCAAGACACAGAAACCUGUUGGCCAAAAGUUCAAGUUUAUUCCAAUACCUAACAAACCGAAAAAGGAUAAAGAAGAUGAUGGAAAAACUGUUUUGUCGAGAACCAAUACUACGAGAUCACCACAAAGUGCUAAGACUGUUAACAAAGAAACCUCAUCAAAAUAUUUGCUAGAAAACUACAAACCUCAACCGAUUACUGAUGAUCAAUCGAAGGAACCACUAGUACAGAAAACCGAAGCUGAAGUAGUAAGGAAAAAGGCCCAUUUCCAAAAUAUCAUGAACCAGUACAUAGUCAAAUCUACUUCCACAAAUCAUGAAGUUGAAGAAAAUCCAGAGUCCAAAAGUAGAACUGCUGAGCAAGAGGUCCUCAAACCAGUUGGAAAUAUUAUUGAGAAAAUAUCAAGAGAAGAACGCAGACUAUAUAAUAAAAACAAACUAACUUCAAAUUCCGAGGAUCGUAAGAGAAAAGCUGAACAAGAAACUUUCAAACCAGUUGAAAAAAUUUCAAGAGAAGACGACAAUAAUAAAGUAGAGUCAAUCUCUGAAGGUGCAAUAAAAGAAACUGAACCCAAAAGUCUUGAACCAGUUGAAAAAACAUCAAGGGAAGAAACCACUCCUUAUAAAGACAAACUCAAAAAUCUGUUGGAGCCAGCUAAUCAGUAUUUAGAAAAAUUACGUGAAGCAGGGGAAAAUCAAAUGAAAACCUUGGGAGCACUAAAGGACCAGUUCAAGAAUCAACUAACUGAGAAUAUAAAUAAAGGACUGAAGAAGAAGAAGAAUAUGCUCGAAAACAUGCCACUGAUCCAGGAAAACGUAUCCGAGGAUACCAGAGAACUACCAACAAAAACAUUCAUAGUGGAAAACUUGGAUACUAAAAAACUCAAAGUUCCUUCAAUGGGGAAAGAUUCUUUCCUGUUACUGGUGAAAGAACCUACUCAAGAAGAAGAAGACUACGACGUGAUACAGAUCGAAUUGCGAAAAAAAUUGAAAACCAAAAAAGACACAGACAGCAGUUUGAAAGAUCCAUCCGAACCUAUAAGUGAAAAUCCAAAAAACAUUGAAAGCGACAAACGAAACACUCUUCCCAAUAACAGACCUACAAUUAGACAAGAUAGGCCACCUCAGAUACCACCAACGAAGAACAAAAACGACAAAAAAGAAAAGCCCACAAGAAGAGGAAAUAUCAUCUUACCUCCCUCCAAACCCAAUGAACGGCCUAGGAUGUCUAAAAAUGUCAACAACCGCUUGGAUAGAGAAGAAAUUUCUAUGAAGAAAGCAGAAGAAAAUAGGCUCGUAGGGUACGAAGGUAACCUUGAAAACUCAGGAGGAUCAGGAGAAAAGUUCGACAAUCUGAAACAAACAAACUUGGCAAAAUGUGCUGGAGAAUUGGAGAAUCUGGAAAAUAUUGUAUUCAAACAUGAACCGAGAAGAAAAGCUGCUCUAGAUGCAGACUUUAUUCCUGAAAAGUUUCCUAACCAACAACUUUUCAAAAACUGGCUCACCAUCUUGAGUGAUAUAGAGGAACUGGAAAUCGAAUACAAAGAUGGAUCGGAUCCCAAACUGAUACAACUCGCUAAAGAGAUGGAUAUCAUCGAGCAAAACUUGAACACUGAGAAAAAUUCUCUGCUAACUAAAAAAUCACAACUUGAACCUAACCUUGAUGAACAUUUCAACGCAAUAGAAGAAGAAUCCGUUUUAGAAAUUGAAAAUGCAGAUCAGGAUAUGAAAAUGCAUCCAAAUUGGCUUCAUCCUGAAAAAUGUGACGCUAAGAAAAAGCUGGAAUUUGCUCAAGGAAAUGAGCUCAUUAAAACUGAAAAACAUUUGCAGGACAUUGAAAAAUCGAAAGCUCAGAGACCAGUACCUGAACAAUUUCUACCAAUGAAUGUUGUGGACAGGGUCACAAAAACUGAGAAAGUCGAUCUUGGUACAGAAAAGAACGUUAAAAUGGAUUCCAGACCACUAAAAAUGAUGGAUUAUGAGUACAGUUCUAAAAACCUGAAGGUCGAUGAAAAAAAAUCGAAAAUCAAUCAUGAAGCAGAAAUUUUUCAUCCAAAAGCAAUAAGAAAGGUGAAACCUAAAGAAGAUGUCGCAUUGCCAUCAGCUACAAAACAGGUAGAAGAUUCAAAAACGAAACUGUCACAAAAGAAAUUAUGGAAAGAUAGUGAAUCAAUAGAAAAAGCAAAAUUCAAUGAGUCCAUACAAUCAAAUACUAUCAAGAAUUCUGUGCAAGUUUCAAAUCCUUCUUCUUUGACAUAUUCUGGGCCUAAAUUGUCAAUGAAGAAAGAAUGGAAACAAAAAACGGAACAAAAAUCGACCUCGAAUAUAUUGAAGAAAUCUGAGCAAUGGAAACCAACUAAUAUCCAAAAAACUGACUCCAAUGCUUCAAAAAAAGUUGAAAAAUCUGACAAUUUUGUUGUUAUUCUUCCACAUCAAAAUAAAGCCAAAGUUAUGGAAGCAGUUGGAGUUACCAAAGAAAAACAUAAAGCAAAAUCUGAAACUGGGCUGUUGAGAAUGUAUCUAUUGGAAGAAAACGAGUGUUACGAUGAAUUUAUAUCAAAAAUCGAGAAAAAAACGAAUCCUUCUCCAGUGAAAUCUAUCUCAAAUGACGUAGAAAUGAACAAGUCAUCUCUCAAACCGGUUUGGAAUGAAAACUUCAAGCCCAAACCUGUUCUGGAUUUAUCAAGAAAGAAGCUUUCCACAAACCUAAAAUCUACGGAGAAUAUUUCCGGAAAUAAUGAGAAAAUCAGGAAGCCUGUUGAGAAACCAAAAUUCAGAAGGCGAAGUAUUUCUGAUGUGACGAAGAGUAUAACGAAAGCGACAAAUGAAGGAAAACUGAUGAAAAUGUAUUUAUUGGACGAAAGCUUAAGUAACGAAAAGUUGCUGAGAAUUCAAGGCAAAGAAAAAUCGAAGUAUCCACAAAAAUCUAGCAAGGAUCAAGAAAAUUCAGUUCGGAAAAAUAUAUUGAAAGAUGAUUCGAAAAAGAUAGACACUUCCAAGAAAUCUAAUGAGGCUAUUCAAAAAACAAAGAAUACGAAAUCGCUUGAAGAACUCAAUAAACUCAACUUUCCAUCUUAUUGUUUCUCAGAUUAUUUGAAAGCAAAGAAAAAACGAGAAAAUAAAAUCAAGUCGGAAACAAAUAAAAAUACAUCUCGAGAGAAAAAUCCCGAAAAGCACAAAUCCAUGGUAGAAGUCAGUCCUCUAGAGUCUCUAAACGUAUCAAAUAAAAAGAAUCAUACAGAUCUGCCUAAUAGCUCAAAAUCUACUGAGAAAUUAAAACUUGAAAAAGCACCGAAACAAGAAGAAAAAGAUAACAUUUCACAAGUGAAGGAUGUAAAUAAAGAACUUGCGAAGAAAAAGUCAGACAAAGAAACAACAGGUGAUAUUAAGUCUUCAAAACAUGCUGAAAAUGAAAACAAAAUGAAAAAGCAAGUGGGUUCAAGGGAAAGCAAUUCCCAAAUUCUGACGAGAGACAACAAAUUAGUAUGUUCAAACCUUAUCUCCAACUAUGUCAGUGAUAAUAAGUCACCAAACUCACCUACGAAAACGAAUACAGAACUUGAAAACGAAAAAAAUAAGAAAUUGCCAGGACCCAAAAGUGAUGAAACCACGGAACAACCAAAAAUAGCUGUCCCUAAACCUAUAGAAAAAUCAGACAACCAACUGAAGGCCAAUUCAAUAAAGAAAACAAGUAUCCAAGAGAAGAAUCACAGCGAUGUUGAACCCAAAAAAUCUACUUCCAUCGUAGCAAACCCAAGACAAAAAUCCUCACCAAUACUUUCAAAGCCAAUCCCACCUGAAGAUCUAGCUGAAGAUAACAAAACAAAAUCCACCGAGGUUGCCAAAGAAAAGCCUGAGGAUAAACCUACUAUACCAGGUAAGAAACAAAAAGUAAUUAUAAGAUUAAGUAGAUACCAAAAUUCAUUCAAACCUACCAAACCUAUUUCUAAAAAGAAAGACACUGUACCAAACACAGAACCCAUAGAAGCAACCCCAGCAGAUACCAAUGAAACAAACGAAUCUACCAAGCAUCUCGCAAAAAUAAAAGAAAUACUUUCGAAUGAACCAAAGACUCUGCUGGAUUACAUCAUCGAUGACCAAUUGAAGAAAAAGAGAGUUAAACCAGAACACAUAGUCAAAGAAGCAAAGAUUUUGAAACAAAAAUACCACAACGAGAGAUUACAAAGAAUCAUGGACAAAUAUAGGGCUGAUACAGAAAAAUUUGAGGAUCCUUAUCAUCAUCAAGUAGACCCAGCCGAAGCUGAAAUAUUGCGCCAAAAGAAAUACAAAGAAAAUGCAUUGAAAGCGUUCAAGAAAAAAAUUGACAAUAUUUGCUAUACAGUGACUGGUGGCGACAAAAUCUCGGAAAUACAGCCUUCUGAAAAAGAUCUAAAAAAUGAGACAAUUCCUAUCAAACAACGAAUAGGAACUACUAUUUCUAAUGAAAAUAAAAUAGCCGACAAAAAAACAACAGCCAACUUUCAGUUGUUAACGAUAAGCGAAGCAACCAAAUUGAAAUUCAUUGCUAGGGCAAAAUCCUCAAAAUAUCUACUAGAAAAUCAAGUCAAAAAUAUCAGGAUAAUGAAAGAAAUAAGAGGCAAGCACAAAAACGAGAGUACAUUGAUGGAGAAGAGAAAAAAGAAUAUGUUUGAUGUUAAAUUCAAGAUACCACAAAAAGGGCACAAGAAACCAGUAUUAAAUAAAAAUGUACACAAAACGGGAGGAAGUUCUAACAAAUAUUUGUUAGAUAACCAAUUGCCCAUAGAGUUUUUGAUAUCUUUGAAAAAAACGCCCCCAACUGAACCAAAUAAACGAAAAUACAAACCUUCGACGUCGAAAUAUCUGUUGGAAAACAGCUCACUAGUUUUCGGAGGAAAAAUGAAAAACGAUGUAAAGAAAACCACUGAAGGCACCAAGAAACUUCACAGUGAUGCUUCAGCAGAAAGAAAACAUACAAUCAGAGCCAGGAUAAGUGAAAUUCUCCCCUCACUAAGAACUAUAAAAAAGCAAAAGCAAUUCGGUACAAUGAUAAUAGAGACAGACUUAUCGAGCAUAUUUCCCAAUGAGCCUAAGUGGAUAAAAAAUAGAGAUAGGCAAGACAUUGCUGAGAUCAGAGAAAUUUUCCAUCGUAGAGAUAAGCUACUGAAAUUCAAUAAAAAACUAGCAGAACACUCCAACACAAAAUCUCCCACAGAUCAAUCUAAAUCCGUUGAUUCAAACCUAAACAAAUUUUUGGUUACAGAUCCGGAGAAGCAAAAGCGGUACAAGAAAUUGUUCGCCGAUUUCGAGAAGCUGGAACGACAAAUAGAAACACAGAACCAGCGUCCAAAGACCGUCUUAGGAACGAUAGUUUUGAGAAAGAUCGUUGAGGAAAAUGAAAAACCAAUCGCCAAACUGACGAUGGAAAAAGACUUGCCGAAACAUCCUCAGCAAAAGAAAAUGGUCACAAAGGCUAACGCCGUCAAAAAAUGCUGCGAUAAACUGUGUGUACCACCUAAAUCUAUAUCUCAGGUAUUUUAUUCACAACCUAGAGACGAUAUCACCACUCUAACGAAAAGCCUCAGCGACAAAAUUUUAUCAGUGCCAAAACCAGCUUUCAAGUUUGACAACUAUGAAAAAUACAAGAAUCUGAAAAUAUCCUUCAUAACUGUGAGGAAACCAGAGAAAAAAAACAAAAGCGAGAAUUUCUUGCCAGCACUUCUAUCGAUAGUAGAGGAAAGCAAGAAAAAAAGAGAAAAUGAAAAACACUUGGAGAGCAACAAGGCUAAGAUGAUGGCAUUCAGACAUGAGUUUUUGAAAAAGUUGAAAGAAGAGUUCGAUUUCUUGAGCGAAAAUCAAAACCCAAGCAACUUUCAAAAGGUCUGCAAACACUAUGAAAAAGUGCUAAAAGCUAGCACUGAAACCAAUGACAACAAAUCAGUCUUGAAACUCCCGAUGAUACAGGAAAAACAGAAGGAAAAGGAUGGCGAGAACAAAGUUUCUUUGGGCAAUAUGAGUUUGAAUCCUGACCAUGUACCCAAAAAUUCUACGGAAUUGUUAAUAAAGAAGUUAACUGCUGAAGAAUCUAACGACAACGAAGUUAAAAAGGCUGAAAACCCUGAGAAGCCAAAAACUGAUCCGAAGAAGAAAUGAGUUUGAAGUGAUGGAAAACAACAAAGUACUGCACUUCUUUGGGACUGAAAAGAUGAUUUCGAUAUUGUUGAAGAAGCACCCCACGUAUUUCAAGAGCCUGCGGAGUGCUUGAUCGAAAAUUUCGGGGAAGAAUACAAGAACACUCUGUAUUACAGAUAUGGCAGAACUAGUUUUUACGAUUUGCACGUUUACAUGGGAGGGAUGAGAACAUUUGCUGAGAAAUCAAAAGAGACGAAAUGAAAUAUUCUAAUACACAGUGGAAUUUGUCAGGUAUUAAAUGCUGUUUAAAUUUGUCUGUAUAAGUUCGAUUAAUAUGAAAUAAAUGAUAUGACAUAGAAUACUUCAACUUUUGGCACGAAUAAUCGGCUGGGGAUCGAUUCGCUGUUGCGUUCCAAUUAAC